UUUGUGGUCCGGCCCAUUGCGAGGGUGACAGGAAACCCUGUGCAGGGAGCGCCGCCAUCUUGGACCAGCCCGAGGAGGAUCCUGAGGGAGCCGCAGGAGCAGCCGCCGCCACCACUGCGCCUGCCGCCGGAGCGUCUGCAACCUCGGGCCAGCCCGCCUUCCUGCCGGGUCUCGGCCGACGGAUCCCGGCCGCUCUCCCGCCGCGUCCGCACUCCGCUUCCUCGUCCUGACGUCCCCCUCCCGUCCGGAAAGCUGCCCAGCCACCAGCAACCCCCCAGUGCCACCAUGGCAACUGCACCAUACAACUACUCUUACAUCUUUAAGUAUAUUAUUAUUGGGGAUAUGGGAGUAGGAAAAUCUUGCUUGCUUCAUCAAUUUACAGAAAAAAAAUUUAUGGCUGACUGCCCUCACACAAUUGGUGUUGAGUUUGGUACAAGAAUAAUUGAAGUUAGUGGCCAAAAAAUCAAACUGCAGAUUUGGGAUACAGCAGGACAGGAGCGGUUCCGAGCUGUCACACGGAGCUACUAUAGAGGAGCCGCGGGUGCACUCAUGGUGUAUGACAUCACCAGAAGAAGUACAUAUAACCACUUAAGCAGCUGGUUGACAGACGCAAGGAAUCUCACCAAUCCAAACACUGUAAUAAUUCUCAUAGGAAAUAAAGCAGAUUUGGAAGCACAGAGAGAUGUUACCUAUGAAGAAGCUAAACAGUUUGCCGAAGAAAACGGCUUAUUGUUCCUUGAAGCAAGUGCAAAAACGGGAGAGAAUGUAGAAGAUGCUUUUCUUGAGGCUGCCAAGAAAAUCUAUCAGAAUAUUCAGGAUGGAAGCCUGGAUCUGAAUGCUGCCGAGUCUGGUGUACAACACAAACCCUCAGCCCCACAGGGAGGACGGCUAACCAGUGAACCCCAACCCCAGAGAGAAGGCUGUGGCUGCUAGUGACCUCUUUGCUCUGGCCCUCAUUUGACCUUUCACAUCUGUCUGUUGGAAGCAGUACUUUUUACUGCCUCCUUGUCUUCUGUACAUCUUACUGGGUUUAAUUAAAAAAGGAAAAAACAACUCUUGUAAAAAACAGUUUAACAAUACUAAACUGCUAAACAACUAGUUGUAAUCAGGUUCUCAAAGGCAAGUAGAGUAAUAAAUCUCUCCUGCAUGGUAAAUCUAGACUUUUCCCCCUUUGAUUGUCCUCGUGAUAGGUUUGUCACCAAUAUGAUUUAAACUGAGCACUGAUGCGGGACUCGAUUUUUACCUUCCCUUUUGGCAAGGCUUUGUCUCACUGUACGGUUUAAAUUUGAUCUCUUCAGCCUUUUUCCCAUCUUUAAACUGUUAAAGUAUGUCUGUUGUAGCCAGAAAGUUCAUUGCUGUGAAAUGACUUCCAAUGGCAGAGAAAAGGGAGUCUGUAACUGCUUUUGUUUUUGUUGGAUAAAUUCCCUGUUGUAGGGGUGGCAUUUUUCUUGAUGCGGUUUGCUUCUGUCUUAGCCUUGCACAGGGAAAAAUACCCAUUUAUCUUUUCUUGUGCUUAAUUAAUAGCUUUAUCUUUUUUUUACACUAUUUUAUCCUUUUCUCUUUAACAGAACGUAAAUAUGUAUAAAAUUUGAAGGAACCUAACUAACAAUAUCUUCUGUGUAUAUUAUUUUAAUGAAGAAAAUAAAUUGAUUACUGGCAUUGGAACAGUAUAAAAUACCAGUUUGUACAGUGUGACCUAUAUGUGACCAUGUUACUCUCUUCCAUCUCACACAAGGAAAUAAGACACAACUUCAGUUUCACAAGUAAUACUGGCUCCACCUUGGUGCUGGCAGUGUUUGGGGACAGACAUAAUGCUGGAAAGAGCUCCUGGCAUCAGCGGAAACACUAGCAGACUUGAUUCCAUCUUUGCACUGUGGCUUACCUGCUGAUUUUCUUAACUGUUCUUGUGUAAUCAACAAUGUGCUAACCUGCUUUUCUUUUUGUAAACAUUUUGUUACAGGCUGCAUUCUUGCCUUACUGUAUAGAAAAAGGAAGAAGGCUGGGUUUAAUAUUGCACAUUUUAAGCUUUUAUACUUUUUUUUUUUUGGGGGGUUUUUCGAGACAGGGUUUCUCCGUGGUUUUGGAGCCUGUCCUGGAACUAGCUCUUGUAGACCAGGCUGGUCUCGAACUCACAGAGAUCCGCCUGCCUCUGCCUCCCGAGUGCUGGGAUUAAAGGUUUGUGCCACCACCGGCCGGCAGGCUUUUAUACUUUUAUCUUGGAAUGGUCAACUUCUGGACCAGCUGGCCGGAACCACAGGUCUGCUGUUAAGGGAUUUUAAAUUGUGCAUUUUUAACACUAAAGUGAAAUAAUUUAAUGCUAUCACUUGUGUUCAUAGGAUGAGGGGCUAUUUUAUGUCCUGCUAGUGUAAGUUGUUUAGUAAAAGGGAAAGUGUUUCUAAAUGUGUAUGCUGACAUAAAGUUACUACUUUGCACUGGGUAGUCGGCCACAAAAGGAGCACCUUGUUAGAGAAACCUUUAGAAGGCAUCUCAGUUCUUCAUGGUUGGUUUCUAGAGUUGAAAGUGGCUGGGAUUCAAGAGAUCAUUGGAAGUGCUCACAGGGAAGCCUAGGCACAUUAUAUAAAAUGCUCUCAGCUCAAUGCUGUGUUUAAAAUUCACAUUUUAAAUCCCUCUUUACCAGACACUAAUGAAAAAGUACAUCUUUCUGGAUUAUAAACGUGGUAGUUCCAGAGUUUUGUAUAGUCAAUGUUAAAUAAAAGCCAAAACUGGAAUGUGCAGAAUAUAGGAUUUGGUUUAUUUGUGGAUUCUCCUUUUGUCUUUGUUUAACUUAAAGGAUUCCUGGAGUAGAUUGGUAUAUUCUGUUAAAGACUUAGAGUGAUCCAUUCGCUUACACUGUUGCAUCACAAGGGAUUCGCCCAGGGACCAUGACCUGCUGGUGUGUGUAUAUAUUUACAAAAACAAAACAAAUCACCCAUUGGGGUACAAGGUAGCAAUCAAACUAAAGAUGACUUGGACUUGUGUAGGUGCAAUGCCCCGACUCUCAGUUACAGUGGGUCUUGUUUUUGUGACAGAAGGAUUUAUUCAGACUGCUGUACUCUUCGUUCGAUGUAACAAAAUGCUAUUAUCUAAAUAUUUGUAAAUAAAGUACCUGUAUCUAGAUUAAAUUGAACAUAGUUGCAUUAUUUUUGAACUGUAAAGACUUUAUUCAGAUGACUAUUUGGUAUGAACUGUCAGUGUUUAUUGCAGCAUUGUGCGUAGUGUAUGGCGAGGUCUGUGUAGCUUAUAAAACUACUAAUUGAGCUGGAGUUCCAUCCUUGUAUAUUGUAUCUUUGAGGCCAGCACAUUGGUGGCUAAUAGUGUUCUCUCUUUACUGUAUGUGGGGCCAACUUCUAUUUGCAUGUGUAACACCGUGUAAUAAACUUGGGAGUGUAAGAUAGAGGAGCAAAUUGUCAUAUUGCAACAUCUGUGUGCCAGACACUGGGCAGAGUGGAUUUGUUAAUUUUUAACCUACAAGAGUUUGUGUAAGUGCUUGCUACUCUGGUGUUGUGACUGCUUUCACUAUGGAGGAGCUGCUCUGGUGGUUGUAACUAGUGCUCAUCUGCAUCAGUACUCCAGCAGCUUUGAGCUGUUUUUCUGAAGUCAUAAAGUGUGGAAUGCAGUGACAGAUGGAGGGAGUUGGUCAGUGGUGGUCACAUUGUACUAGUAAAAGGUUAUACAAGGUUUCUUUAGAAAGAUGUCCUUUUGGAACUGGCAAGUUUUUGGUGUAUGCAGUGCAUCAAACCUAGGACUUUGCACAUACAAGGCAAGCAUUACGCCAU